AUUUUAUACAAAAAUACCUCUCUUAAUUAAUAUUCUACUUAUAAUAUGGCUUUCAUUGUUCUAAUAAGCUUUCUCUUCAUGAUCUUGUCAUCUGCCUCUGCCUGUGAUCGUUGCUUGCAUCGAUCCAAAGCUACUUACACCGAUCAUAAGUUUACAUCCGGAUCAUGUGGAUAUGGACAGUUGGCCCCCACUUUCAAUGGAGGAUUACUGGCUGCUGGUAGCCCUUCGAUUUAUAGAGAUGGUGCUGGUUGUGGUGCCUGCUUUAAGGUGAGAUGUAAGCACCCUGGACUAUGCAAAAAUCAAGGGACCAAGGUGAUGGUAACUGAUUCUCAUGGUGAUACUAGUCGUGACUUUGUCUUUAGUAAAAUGGCUUUGGAAGCAAUGGCUUACAACGGCAAGUCCAAAAACCUCCUAAAACUUGGUGAAGUAGACAUUGAGUACAAGAGGUAAUAAUUUACCUCUAUUUUUAAAUAACAUAAUUACAAUUAAAUUAUAUUUAAUUAUAUGUAAUUUUAAGUAUUAACGCUUUCAGGGUUGUUUAGUUUAUUUUUGGGUUUUAGGGAAAAAUUUUAAAAAGGACUUUUAAAAAUUAAAUGCAUAUAAUAAUAAUUUGAUUUUC